AUGUCUGUUGACGGUCGCGGUCACAGUGGGGGGAGGGCCGGUGACAGCGCUGAUGGCGCAUCUCGAACUCUGGGCGAUGUGAUGCGAUCAGGCCCUACCAUGUCUCCUGGCAUCGUCGUCGUCGAUCAAGCGUACGAAGAGACGAAGCGAAAAGACGAUCUCAGCCCCAGCGAGGACCUGUGGCUAAGCUCGGCUGAUGGCCGAUACAAUUCGGCCAUCAUACCCUUGCGAGUCGGGCGGGCGCCUAGUCAAGAAGUUUUCUACGUGCAUAGAGACAUCUUGCUCACGACCGAGUACUUUCGGAAAGCUCUCUGCGGGGACUACAGAGAAUCAGAAGCGCAGUCGAUGGAAUUUCCGGAGGAGGACCCUGCCAUAUUUCACUUCCUCGUUGCCUUCUUGUACCAGAGAAGCUUCGUCCCCAUCAGGCCCGCCGCAUCCGCGCUGGAUACCAAGGAGCCGCACCGGGGGAAAGCACAAGAUCCCGGCCACCGGAGCGAUUCAGAGUCGGAGAUGUCCUCCUCGGAGGCCAGUGAUGCGAGCGCCAGGAGUCGGAUGCCCGCGCUGCAUCACCACCAGCACCGGGCCGCCAUGUUGGAACUGUGGCGUCAGUCGCGCGAGGCCGACACCCGGCCACCUCCCGCCGCACAUGAUCACCCCGAUACCCCCAUUAAGGCCGGCGGCGAUGCCGCCACCGCCGCCGCCGCCUCACCGACGUCGCAGUCGGCAGCCCUCGGCACGUCGACCCCGGCCAACGCCGACUUUAUGGACGGCGACCGCAUACGUGGCGAGGACAUGCGCACGUGGCUCGCCAUCUACGAUCUCAGCAUUUCCGUGUAUGCGUGUGCGAACAAAUAUCUCAUGGACGACUUCAAAGCUGCCAUCCAGCGCCACUGCGUCGACAUGCUCGAGUCGGCCGGUUCCGACGCGGCGCAGUCGACGGUUCUCCAGCUAUCCGCUGCUGUGGCAGCGGGCACCGCGGCACACAUCUGA